GAAACAUACAUACCUUAGCAGCUUCUGUCACUUCACCCUAACUCUUGUUAUUAUCGUUCGUCCAACCUAAAAAUACUAUUGGAUUCGUCAACCUUUCAUCAAAAAUGGAUUUUAGAAGCUGGUUUUCGAAGCCUCGAGUAGAAGCUGCCGACAAGUCAAAGGACAAGAAAGGAAAGGAAGAGGAGAAGGAGGAGGAGGAACUAGUUGAUCCUCAGGCUCAGCUGAGGGAGCAGUGCCAGGAGAAGGAGCACAUCAAGGCGCUUUUCAACAAGUUGGAGGAAUGCAACGACCGUGUUAAUUCAAAAUCAAAGACCACCGAGACCUGCAUGGAGGAAUUAUUCGACUUUGUUGGCGAAUUGGAUCAUUGCGUUGCCCACCGUCUUUUCUCAAAAUUGAAGUAAAAGAUUAAGAAGUCCUUGUAAGAUGCGACAACUUUAUACAUUUCCAAACAUAUUCGUGAAGAGUCUUUUGCAUUAAUAAAAGGGUAGGAGCUAUUUAAUAAUUUAAUGGA